GUUCACUGGAAAACGAGAAUCACAACAAAAGAGCUCCUCCGUCGAAAUUUACCAGACUUCGUCGUCUCUCUGUUUCAUAGACAACACGAAGCUUUUUCAGAUUCCCUUUUUUCCAUUUUCUACCAGAUUUCAAGCAUUUCUACCAAACCCUAGCCAUGGAUAUAACACUCUUUUCCAUUUAAAACCUUAAGACACAUAGGAGAAAAGAGAGGACGUUCAUUAAUUCACCGGCGAGCGUCAAAUGGCUGAUACGCCGCCGUUUGUUCUGGCAUCGGCUAGGGUUUUCACGUUUCUGGUUCUUCAAUCUCGUAACACUCCUGGACCUACCUGAAACAACGAUUAUCAUAAUUAGAGAAAACUUGAGAAAUUCGAACAACCAUGGCUGCCGGAAAAAAGGGAGGAUCAUUUGAGAAGAUACGGAGAUUUAUACGGACACUACAUUUCUUAAUUGUGAUGCUGGCGUCGUUAUUGAUCCUAUGGCUUCCAAUUUUGGUUGCGAUUGGUGAUAUAUUGGUUCCUUCUGUUCUAAUUUCGAGCUUUACCUGCUUUAGAUGCUACAGUUUCAAGGAACAUUUGCGUAGAUACGAUUUCAGAAGUUCAUUGAUCGACGUUCCUGUGGUUUCCGCUAUCAGAUCUCUCAUUAUCACCUGUGUUUAUAUGAUGUACGAUGGCCCUGUGCUCUCACAUGGCCAAUAUCUUGGAACAGUGACAUUAUGCUCCAUUUUCUCAGUACUUGUUCUAUCAGUUAAAGCGUGUGUCUUCACAGUCAAUUCCCAGCUUGAAGCUGAAGCCUCAUCUUCUCUUUCAAAACAAAGGCUUCAUCUGAAAAGGUCAUGGGGAAUGCAUGUAUUGUUCUUAUCAUCUGUUGUUUUUGCUCUUGGUCAUACUGUUAUUGCUUAUCGAACAAGUUGCAGAGCUCGAAGGAAGCUCAUGUUCAACCGAGUUGAUCCUGAAUCGGUGUUUUUGAGCCAAAUUUUAUUUUCAAUCGGUUAUGCUAAAGUUUCAAGAUCUUCAACUCCUGCUGCUGACAGGGCACAGAAAAGUGACAAUGAAAUCAGAAGAAAACGUGUAGGUCAUAGCCAUGGAGAGUUUCCAGUUAGAUUACUAGCUGAUGUGGAUAGUUUAUUCAUGGUUUGGAAUGAUUUGAGCAUCCACUACAAACUUUGCACACCUACUCCACCUUCUCGCACUUUAUCCUCUACAACUCUUCUUGAAAAUCCAUCUUUACGUGCAAUUUCAAAGACACAACAUCAUCUUCGAAGGAGUUAUAGCAUUCAAAUUCAAGAUUCUUCUCUUUACGCUCCAUUACUAGAUGGCACGAGUUCCCCUGUAUUUUCUGAAGAUAAUGAAGGAACUAAUGAGGAUAGAUUUGGUCAAAAAGUUUGUGAAGUUAAUAGGCAGUUUGGGAUUGUUUUGGUGCAUGGUUUUGGAGGGGGAGUCUUUUCAUGGAGGCAUGUAAUGGGUUUGUUAUCUCGACAGGUGAAUUGUAUUGUUGCUUCUUUUGAUCGUCCUGGUUGGGGUUUGACCUCUAGACCAAGGCGAGAGGAUUGGGAGGCUAAUAAAUUACCCAAUCCUUACAUGCUUGAUACCCAGGUGGACAUGCUUAUUUCUUUCUGUAAAGAGAUUGGGCUUUCUUCCAUUGUGCUUGUUGGUCAUGAUGAUGGAGGCUUGCUCGCAUUAAAGGCAGCACAAAGGGUCCAGUCAUCAUUAAGCUCUGUUGAUGUGGAAAUUAAGGGGGUGGUUUUGCUGACAGUAAGUUUGUCAAGAGAAGUGGUUCCUGGGUUGGCUAGAAUACUGAUGCGCACUUCUUUAGGAAAGAAGCAUUUGGUUCAUUCUCUACUUCGGACAGAAAUUUGUCAAGUUUUUAAUCGAAGAGCAUGGUAUGAUGCUACCAAGCUAACAACCGAUGUGCUAAGCCUCUACAAGGCUCCACUAUGUGUAGAAGGUUGGGAUGAAGCCUUGUAUGAAAUUGGUAGAUUAUCAUCUGAUACAGUCCUCUCAGAGCAAAAUGCAUCCUUAUUAGUAAAAGCAGUGAAAGACACCCCGGUUUUGGUCAUUGCAGGAGCUGAAGACGCCCUUGUACCUCUAAAAUCUGUUCAAGCCAUGUCAUCUAAAUUUGUAAAUUCUACACUAGUUGCAAUAUCAAGUUGUGGUCAUCUGCCUCAUGAGGAGUGCCCAAAGGUGCUGCUUGCAGCAAUGUUACCCUUCAUCAGCAAACUGUUAAGUAAAGCAGAUAAAUAGUUUUGUUUUAUACAUGAAAAUUCAUAGAAGUUGUAACUCAUUUCACACCUCAAAAGGUUCUUUCUCCUGUUAUUUAUUGUAAUCUAGUUUUUGGACUCAUCUGGUUUAAGCUUCUUUUACUACAUCACAUAAAAUCUGUGAAUAUGAG